UUCCUCAACAGCUUUCAAUAUAAAUAGACCAAUUCUCAGUGGAGGGAAUUAUUAUUCACAAACUUUUUAGUCCUUGGUGACCAGAGGUAAAACAGUGUUUUGCCUUAACGAAUAGAAUUAUCUUUGUAAUAAUACCGCUUACUCUGGGAAGGAAAAAACGUACUGGGGCGACGCUACUUAAAAGAAACGUUGCCAAGAAAUUAACCGAGUCAACAAACAUGAAAGAAGAAGUUUGUUCGGCCAUCAAGUUCCUCUCGGAGGUUCUUUCAAGGAACUCUAAAGUAAACCAAGAACAGAUUCAAAAAUUUAAGGACACAUUAGAACAAUUAAUCACUGCGAGAUUCGAGAACCACUGGCAUCCGAAGAAGCCGUUGAAGGGAAAUGCAUUUAGAUGCAUCAACAUCGAUGAGCUAACAGGCAUCGACCCAGUGUUACUGACAGCGACGAAGGCGAGUGGAAUAUCACCUUUAGUUCUGUUAGAGCUCUUCCCAGGCGGACUAGCAUUGUGGAUUGACCCAGGAGAUGUGUCUUGUAGAAUAGGAAAAGGUUCGAUUUGUCCGAUUUAUUGUAAAAUCCCUCAACAACAACACCAUCAGCCGCACCAGCAAUUUACUAAUCACUCUCAAAGGCAUCUUCAACCCUUUUACUUCAACACGGAUUAUCGUCAAUGCUCGCAGUUCAACAAUAAGCAGAUACUUUCCACAAGAAGCGUUAAUAACAAGGAAAACUUCGAUAAGUAUCAUUGGAUCAGCAAGGACUAUUUUAAAAGACCAACGGAGGUAUUUUAAAGCCAUAGAGAUAACUCUGAACACAUGAUCCACCAACCCAUUGGACCGGACUUGCAUCGCGUUUGCCAUACACACGAACUUUUAAAUUACGUUUAGAGUAGAAUGUUUUUAAUGUUUCUUGUACAUAGCUAAACAUUUUCUAUGUACAGAAUUAUCUUCGAAUUUAUUAGGGCUGGUGAAUGGAAGAAUUUUUACGUCUAUUUUACGCCACUUACUGGGAAUGGUUUAAUUAAAUUUGUAAAUUUGUACAUGUACAAUUGUGAAAUAGAUUACGGAGCUUCGCAAGGAGCGGAAUUGGAAAGAAAUUAGCCCAGAGUUUCAUAUUUUGUACUGAUACAAGAGUUCUGUGUCGCAUAGUUUAAUAAAAAUAUUAAUUUGUUGAAAUAUUA